UCGAAACUACUGAGAGAAGUGAGGCCAGGAAGCUAAACCUCUCACGCAAGACCCUCAUCUACUGCUGGACGUCUCAGGAAACCAUGAACCACACUUCUCAACACUUCUUCACUCGCGCAGGUACCAGCCUCUCUCCAGCCUACGAGAUGCUCAAAGAGGAACAUGAGGUGGAAAUGUUGGGGGCUCCCCACUGCUCGGUGCCCCCUGGCCCCGUGGCGCCCGUGACAUCCACCGUGAUCAACAUCCGCAGUGAUACCUCGGUGCCGGAUCAUAUCGUCUGGUCCCUCUUCAACACGAUCUGUAUAAACUGCUUCUGCCUAGGGUUUGUGGCCUUCGCCUACUCCGUGAAGUCUAGGGACCGGAAGAUGGUGGGCGACAUGAUAGGGGCCCAGAGCUACGCCUCCACAGCCAAGUGCCUGAACAUUUGUGCCCUGCUCUUCAGUGUCCUGGUGACCAUCGGGUUCAUUGCUCUCGUGGCCAGUGGAGCCAUGAUAAGCCUCGAUGCAAUCUCAAAGCUCAGGCAGGCACAGGGGGGCCACUGACCGCUGCCCAUUGCUGCUGCCUGAGUCCCCCAAGGCUCCACAGCUGGUCCUGCUUUCCCGCCUGUUGACACCCCACCCCAACUCUUGUCUAAAGCAGUUUGCACUCGAUGAUCUGUCUAUAAACGAAUUCAGUAAAGUUCCUCUGUGCGUAACGGGGAAA